AUUAAUAGAGAAACAAAUGUCAUGGACUUGCAAGACACUGUCAUUGCGAAUGUAUCACAUCCCGUACAAAACACCUGCGAUGUUUUUAGUGAUUUGGAAGACACAACUUUUAUUAGUGGAGAAACAUCAGAAGGCACAGCUUUAAAAAUUAUGUCCAGAACUUCAAUACAGACUACCCCCGUCAUCAAUACGCUUUUUACUGCAGAAGUAGAUGGGCAAUGUGAUACUAACGAUGUUCAUUCCUCUCCUUUAUCAACUGAUGCUUCAGUUGCACAUGUCAUCGAUGAUUUACAUAAUUCUAGUUCUGCAUGUCCUGUCGCUACAGUUUCUAUACGGAGUAAAAGAAAUUUGGUCCAGAUGGAAAAUCCUGAAGUACAGUGCAAUAAAAAAAGAAAACCUACUCCUCUCACUUAUGAUAGAAAUGUGGUAAUCACACCAUCUCAUACUUCAAACGCUCAAGUACUUGAUAACAUACCUGCCACUGCUUUAUCUGAAAACAAGAAAACUAACCCGAGGAAAUACUUCUGCGUAUAUUGCAAUAAGUUAUAUGCAAAGUUUCCUCAACAUCUGCAAACGUCACAUAGAGAUGAACCUGCUGUGAAGAUGUAUAUGUUUUUACCAUCGAAAUCUCCUGAGAGAAGGAAAAUCAUAGAAACCAUCAGAAGGCGUGGAGAUUUUGUGCACAACACUUCUACUGAUUUUAAUUCGGGUCACCUAUUUGUAGCAAGACGUUCACAUUCACAGUCAGAUUGUAAUUCUAAAGAUUAUGUACCGUGUCCACAUUGUGCUGCUUUUUUUAACAAGACAACUCUACGCCUGCAUGCCAAACAUUGUAUUCCUGCAAAAGUUACAGGUCAGAGAAACAUACUUUCUGCAAGUCGAUCUCUACUGUGUAAGCUACAUCCAAGGGCUAGUGAAUUUUUGAAAACAAAGAUAUUUUCAAUUUUUCGUGAUGAUGAUUGCGUACAGUCUAUUCGAUACGAUUUGUUGGCAGUAUUAUAUGGAAAUUAUAUGUGUAAUAAGUAUUCCUUGCAACAUCAUCACGACAUGAUCAGGAAUAAAUUGAGAUCUAUUGGGCGUCUAUUAAUCGUGGCAAAGUCUAUGGACUCCACCAUAAAGGAUUUUGUGAACUUGUUAACGCCAGAAAAAUUUGAUGUCGCCAUUGCUGCUAUAAAACAAGUGGGAGGUCUAAAUGCUACUAAUACACAUUACAAAGCUCCAACAACUGUUCUUACAUUGUCCACUGUAUGUAAGCAAGCAUGUAACAUUUGGAAAACCGAAUGUAUUAAGAACUCUGAUCCUAUUGCAAAACAGAAGGUGGAAGACUUUCUCGUUCUUUUCAAUGUUUCAUUUCCUGCGGAAUUAGGUAGAACCGCCAUCGAAAAUCGUGUUGAGCAACAGCGUCAUAAGGUGGUCGAGUUGCCUAUGAAAGAUGAUGUAAAAAAGUUAGUUUCGUUUUUGAGACUUAAACGAAGAGAAUGGUUUUCAAAAAUUCGUCGAGGGAAUGUGCAAGAUUUCAGAUAUGCCUUACAACAACUUGCUUCUUAUACUCUUGUUUCAUUAAUGGUUUUUAAUCGCAGACGUCCAGGUGAAUUGGAACGCAUAACUCUUACAGAUUUUGCCAACUUGAAGUCUGCACAUACUAUUUCCACAUUGGGUGGCCAUUUUCAAGCAAAUCCAGAUGAUGCGCGUUUAGCAAAUCGUUAUAAACGCUUUGAGAUACGUGGCAAACUUAAUCGAACUGUACCUGUUCUGGUAGACUUUGAAAUCGAAGCAUGCAUUAAUUUAAUUAUACAAAAUCGGGAAAAACUUGGCAUCUCUUCUGACAAUCCCUAUGUUUUUGCUUGCCCUUCAAAUGAUGGCCGACAUAAAUAUUUACGUGCUUGUUACCUUUUGCGAACAUAUUCCAAUACUUGUGGUGCUUCAAGAUCUGACCUGUUACGUGCUACUUUUUUGAGAAAACAAAUUGCAACUGAGUGUGCUUUGAAUGAUCUCGCUGAUAAUGUAAUACAUGAUGUCGCUAAUUUUAUGGGUCAUGCUGUGGACAUCCACAACAAUAUUUAUCGGAGGCCGGUAGAGAAACGGGAUAUCUUACAAAUGUCCAAAAUCUUAGAAAUGAUACAGGGUGAUAAUAACUAUAUACAUGAAACAAGUGCGAGUAAUAAUGAACCCAUAAUGGAGAAUUCAGAAAAUGCCGCUUAUGAUAAAGAAGCGGGUUCAAGUUUGCAAAAUAAUGAAGUACAGCAAAUGCGUAUUUCUGGAACAGCUGAUUGUUUGGAGAACACUAACUUCAAUACGGAAACGACUACUUCGACAACACAUGUAAGCAGUUCAGAUUCUCCGCCCCACAAUGACCACCCACCUCGUGAUGAUUCAUCUUCUGAUGAUGAUUGUAUAUCGACGACUAAAAAGAAAGGCAAACAUAUUAAUGGAUUAACACGUGUAUGCGGCCCAAAACGGUCAUGGACACCUGAAGAAAUAAAAGCAGCAUCUGAGCAUUUUAAGAAGUACUUGUUAUCAAAUAAGCUUCCGUCGCUUUCAAAAAUAUGCCAAAAACUUCCCCUCAUUACACAACUAAAGCUGCGUUCUCCGACUUCAGUUAAAACAUGGCUUCACAAUGAACUGGUACGUCAACGUGGAAAAAGACUUCAAGAUAUCAAAACUCCACACGAUAUCGAAACUCCGCACGUUAAAGUUAGGAGGACACGUUGGACCCCAAACAUGAUGUUCCAAUUGAAGAAAGUAUUUGCAGAUAAUUUCAAGUAUAGAAAAUUGCCUUCUAAUAGUCAGUGCGCUGCUGCAAAGGAUAACUUUCCUGAUUUUCAACAUUUAACUAUCGCCGCCAUAAAGACUGCAGUUGCCAAUGAAAUGGAACGUAUGAAGAGAACGUAAUUUUGUAAUUGCUACAAGAAUUUGAAUUUUGAAAAAUUUCAAGAUUGUUUUUUUUUACAUUUGUUUGUUGCGGUAUACAUAGUUCUAGUAACAUGGUACUUGGAACACUGGUUUGCAUUUUGUGUGUGUUGAAAUGACGCCAAAAUUCGGAAAUAUUAAUUAUAAGUCUUGAUUGUAUACCUUUUUUUGAUUUUUCUCUGAUAUUUUAUACUUGUAUACAACCUUAAUUAAAUAUGUUUUUGUAAAUGUCAUCACAUUUAAGUUUGGUGUAUUUUGAAUGAAAUUUCUAAAUUAAAUGAUUAUUAAUUUCA